CCCCUUUAAAAGCCUUCACAGGAAAUCAAUAGUGGUCUCCAUAAGACUUAAUCUGGGAUCCACACUACUACCGUGGCAGGCGGCCAGCUGAGUGAUGUGUGCGGUUUAAACGGCCCCCGCAUCCUGCCCGCUUAUCUGGAGGUGUCCCGGUGAUCGCUCGGCUCUCUACUCAUCUCGUCUGCCUGCUUUUUUUUUUCUCUUCCUCUUCUUUUUUUUUUUUUUUUUUUUGCUGUAUCCCAGCCCUCCUCCAUCUCUUCCUCCUCUUCCUCCUCCUCCUCCUCCUCCUCUUCCUCCUCCUCCCCUCCCUCUCCCCACUAAGUUCGAUGCGAUCGGCUCUGGGCCCUGCCGUGAGUUCUCGGUGCGGGCGACAGCGCUGCUGAACAUGGCGUCAGACGGGAUGAUUUUAACGAACCACGACCACCAAAUCCGGGUCGGAGUCCUGACAGUGAGCGACAGCUGUUUUCGGAACCUUGCAGAGGACCGCAGUGGCGUCAACCUCAAAGAUCUCGUCCAUGAUCCCUCCCUGUUGGGGGGUAUGAUCACGGCCUACAAGAUAGUGCCGGAUGAGAUCGACGAAAUCAAGGAGACGCUGGUGGACUGGUGCGAUGAGAAGGAACUUAACCUCAUCCUAACCACCGGAGGCACUGGCUUCGCCCCGAGAGACGUCACACCAGAGGCCACUAAGGAGGUGAUAGAGCGCGAGGCUCCAGGGAUGUCUCUGGCGAUGCUGAUGGGAUCUCUCAACGUCACACCACUAGGCAUGCUUUCCAGACCUGUGUGUGGGAUCCGAGGGAAGACGCUCAUCAUUAACUUACCAGGAAGCAAGAAAGGCUCCCAGGAAUGCUUCCAGUUCAUCCUGCCGGCGCUGCCGCACGCCAUCGACCUCCUGCGGGACGCAGUGGUGAAGGUAAAGGAGGCGGCGGACGAGCUGGAGGACCUGCCGUCACCUCCGCCGCCCCUCUCGCCGCCCCCCAACAGUUCGCCCCACCGCCAGACGGAGGACAAAGGUGUGCAGUGCGAGGAGGAGGACGAGGAGAAGAAGGACAGCGGUGUGGCGUCCACCGAGGACAGCUCCUCCUCCCACAUCACCGCCGCAUCCAUCGCAGCCAAGAUCCCAGACUCCAUUAUCUCGCGGGGUGUGCAGGUGUUGCCCAGGGAUACAGCCUCUCUCAGCACCACGCCCUCGGAGUCGCCUCGCGCCCAGGCCACGUCCCGCCUUUCGACCGCUUCCUGUCCCACACCCAAAGCGCGGCUCCCCUCCUGUUCAUCCACCCUAAGCAUUGCUGAGGCCUCACGGAGAGAAUUCAGGGCUCACCUGGAUGAGGUCAUCACGCUCAAGUCAAGGUACUCUACCUUGGACCAGCUCCAGUGUAGGUUGGAGGGGCUUAAAGAUGAUCGCAGGAGGACCUUCAGCUCUCGAGUGCAGUCACGAUGCAGCAGCAAAGAAAAUAUCCUAAGAUCAAGUCACAGUGCAGUGGACAUCACCAAGGUGGCCCGGAGGCACCGCAUGUCCCCCUUCCCCCUCACCUCCAUGGACAAGGCCUUCAUCACUGUGCUGGAGAUGACCGCUGUCCUGGGCACUGAGAUCAUCAACUACAGAGAUGGGAUGGGUCGAGUCCUCGCUCAGGACGUUUAUGCCAAAGACAACCUGCCACCCUUCCCUGCCUCUGUCAAGGAUGGUUAUGCUGUGAGAGCGGCUGACGGCCCAGGCGACCGCUUCAUCAUUGGAGAGUCCCAAGCUGGAGAGCAGCCCACCCACACAGUGAUGCCUGGCCAGGUGAUGAGGGUGACGACGGGUGCCCCUAUCCCAUGUGGGGCUGACGCUGUAGUCCAGGUGGAAGACACCGAGCUGCUCCGCGAGUCUGAAGACGGCACAGAGGAGCUGGAGGUACGAAUCCUAGUACAGGCUCGUCCAGGGCAGGACAUCAGGCCCAUCGGUCAUGACAUUAAGCGUGGGGAGUGUGUGCUUGCAAAGGGCACCCACAUGGGCCCGUCUGAGAUAGGUCUCCUGGCCACUGUGGGAGUCACAGAGGUGGAGGUCCAGAAAUUCCCCGUGGUGGCCGUCAUGUCCACAGGAAAUGAGUUGUGA